GGGAGCGGUGGUUGCCGGAGAGACGCGCGGGGCAGGCCGGGAGCGGUGGCGCCGGGCGCGCGGGGCAGGCCGGGAGCUGAGGUGCCGCCCGGCCCCGCCCCGGUUGCCCGUGCCCCACGGGGGCGGCGCGGUGAGGUGCGGCGCGGCACGGCGCGGUGUGAGCGGGCGGCGGGGCCCUGUCCGGCGCGGCCCGCGAGGAUGCUGCGCUGCAUGCCGCCGCUGUGGCGCUGCAACCGGCACGUGGAGGCGCUGGACCGGCGGCACUGCUCGCUGCAGGCCGUGCCCGAGGACGUGUACCGCUACAGCCGCUCGCUCGAGGAGCUGCUGCUGGACGCCAACCAGCUGCGCGAGCUGCCCAAGCCUUUCUUCCGGCUGCUGAACCUGCGCAAGCUGGGCCUGAGCGACAAUGAGAUCCAGAGGCUGCCCCCAGAGGUGGCCAACUUCAUGCAGCUGGUGGAGCUGGAUAUCUCCCGCAAUGACAUUCCAGAAAUUCCUGAAAGCAUCAAAUUCUGCAAAUCCUUGGAGAUCGCUGACUUCAGUGGGAACCCGCUCUCCAGGCUUCCCGAGGGCUUCACCCAGCUGCGGAGCCUGGGCCACCUGGCCCUGAACGACGUGUCCCUGCAGAUCCUGCCCAGCGACAUCGGGAAUUUGGCAAACCUGGUGACUCUGGAGCUGCGGGAGAACCUGCUAAAAACCCUUCCUACUUCUCUCUCGUUCCUCGUCAAGUUAGAGCAGCUGGAUCUUGGUGGCAAUGACCUGGAAGUGCUGCCGGACACGCUGGGAGCGCUGCCCAACCUGCGGGAGCUCUGGCUAGACCGGAACCAGCUCUCGGCCCUGCCCCCGGAGCUGGGCAAUCUCCGACGCUUGGUCUGCCUUGACGUGUCCGAGAACAAGCUGGAACAGCUGCCUGGAGAGAUCAGCGGGCUGGCGGCACUGACGGACCUGCUGCUGAGCCAGAACCUGUUGGAGUGCAUUCCCGACGGCAUCGGCCAGCUGAAGCAGCUCUCCAUCCUGAAGGUGGAUCAGAAUCGGCUGACGGAGAUGAGCGAGUCGAUUGGGGACUGUGAGAACCUCUCGGAGCUCAUCCUGACAGAGAACAUGCUGACGGCCUUGCCCAAGUCCUUGGGGAAGCUGACCAAGUUGACCAACUUGAAUGCGGAUCGGAACCGGCUCACCGCGCUUCCGGCCGAGAUUGGGGGCUGCGCCAGCCUGAAUGUGCUGUCCUUGCGGGACAACCGCUUGGUGCUUCUGCCGCCCGAGCUUGCCAGUACCACCGAGCUGCAUGUCCUGGACGUGGCAGGGAACAGGCUGCAGCACUUGCCCUUUGCCCUGACCAACCUCAACCUGAAGGCCUUGUGGUUGGCGGAGAACCAGUCCCAGCCCAUGCUGAAGUUCCAGACCGAAGAUGACGAAAAGACGGGGGAGAAGGUUCUCACCUGCUACCUGCUUCCCCAGCAGCCCUCUCCCAGCCUAGAGAAUCUCCUUCAGAACAGCGUGGAUGACAGCUGGAUGGACACGAACCUGAACCGAGUCAGCGUGAUCCAGUUCCUGGAUGAGCCCAAAGCAGAUGAUGAUGAUGAGGCUGGAGCGGAGAAGAGGGGCCUGCAGCGGCGAGCGACUCCCCACCCCAGUGAACUGAAGGUCAUGAAGAAGGUGAUUGAGGUCCGGCGCAACGAGGCAUAUGCCGCAAAGCCUGACAUGGACCUGGACUCUCCGAACUCAGAGGAGAAGAGGCUGAGCGCCACGUCCAACCACAGCGAGGACUCGCACGUCUCCAACAGCACUGCCUCUGCUGACUUCAAGGGGGAGGAAGAGAAAGAGGGGGGCAAGGGAGGUGUUUUGCACAGCAGGCAGGGUCCAGAAACGCGAGAGCUAAACCAGAUGGCCGCUCCCAAGGCUGAGGCGGAGCAGGAGGUGGAGGAGGAGGCCGACCAGGAGGAUGACCUGGAAAUGGAGUACAAUGAGCCCACAGUACACUUUGCUGAGGACACGCUGAUGCGGAGCGAUGAUGAGGAUGACGAUCGGCCGUUCCCAGUGGAGAAGCAGCGGCUGAUUCGCAAGGACACGCCACACUACAAGAAGCACUUCAAGAUCACCAAGCUCCCCAAGCCUGAAGCCGUAGUGGCUCUGCUGCAGGGGCUGAACAGCGACGGGGUCCCCAAAGAGGAGGAGGAGGAGCCGGGUGGCUGCAGUGACGGUGCGGAGCCCGAGGAGACGGAGGAAGCCUGGGACGAGGACGAUGUCAAGAACGGAGCCACGUCUACGCAGCCCUCGGUGAAGGGGGUGUCGUUUGAUCAAGCCAAUAAUCUGCUGAUUGAGCCUGCUCGCAUUGAGGAGGAAGAGCUAACGCUGACCAUCGUGCGGCAGACGGGGGGGCUGGGCAUCAGCAUCGCGGGGGGCAAGGGCUCCACCCCCUACAAGGGCGACGACGAGGGCAUCUUCAUCUCCCGCGUGUCAGAGGAGGGCCCUGCAGCCCGGGCUGGAGUGCGCGUUGGGGACAAGCUCCUGGAGGUGAACGGCGUGGCCCUGCACUGCGCUGAGCACCACGUGGCGGUGGAGGCGCUGCGCGGCUCGGGCAGCUCGGUCUCUAUGACAGUGCUGCGGGAGCGGAUGGUGGAGCCUGAGAAUGCCAUCACGGUGACACCGCUGCGCCCCGAGGACGACUACAGCCCGCGGGAGCGGCGGGGCGGCCUGCGCUUCCCGGACCGGCCUGAAGGCACGCCGUCUGCAGAGCGCUGCUCCACCUGCCUCGUGCGCAACGAGAAAGGGCUGGGCUUCAGCAUCGCUGGCGGCAAGGGCUCCACGCCCUACCGGGUCGGGGACACGGGGAUCUUCAUCUCGCGGAUCGCAGAGGGUGGCGCAGCCCACCGGGACGGGACCCUGCGCGUGGGAGACCGUGUCAUCUCGAUCAAUGGGGUAGACAUGACAGAAGCCAGGCAUGAUCAGGCAGUAGCGCUGCUUACCGCAUCCUCCCCCACCAUCGUGCUGCUGGUAGAGCGAGAGGGUGCCGAGCAGCCCAGCGAGGGAGACUCGCCCAUGGUGCCGCGGGUGCGUGCCCACUCCCCGCCCCCGCCACCCAGCCAGGGGGACAGCCCCCCCGAGGAGACGCCUCCGCUGCCGAGGAACCACCUGCCCAAGGGCCUGGAGGACCAGUACCCCAUCGAGGAGGUCCACCUGGUCAAGGCAGGAGGCCCGCUGGGGCUCAGCAUCGUCGGGGGCAGCGACCACUCCAGUCACCCGUUCGGGAUCCAUGAACCAGGUGUCUUUAUUUCAAAGGUCAUUCCCCGGGGGCUGGCGUCUCGCAGUGGGCUGCGUGUUGGGGACAGGAUCCUGGAGGUGAAUGGCAUCGACCUGCGGCACGCGACUCACCAGGAGGCCGUGAAUGCUCUGCUCUCCAACAGCCAGGAGCUGACCAUGCUAGUGAGGCGAGACCCUCCGCCCCCCGGCAUGCAGGAAAUCUGCAUUGAGAAGGCACCUGGGGAGAAGCUGGGCAUCAGCAUACGGGGGGGAGCAAAAGGCCAUGCCGGGAACCCCUUCGAUCCAACUGACGAGGGCAUCUUCAUUUCCAAGGUGAGCUCCUCGGGGGCGGCUGCCCGGGACGGCCGGCUGAAGGUGGGGAUGCGGAUCCUGGAGGUGAACCACCAGAGCCUGCUGGGCAUGACGCACACAGAGGCCGUGCAGAUCCUACGCAGCGUGGGCGACACACUCCUCGUCCUGGUGUGCGACGGCUUUGACCCCAAAGCCGCGGCUGCCAUUGAGAUGUCUCCGGGAAUCAUUGCCAACCCCUUUGCUGCCGGGAUCGGGCGCAAGAACAGCUUAGAGAGCAUCUCCUCCAUUGACCGUGACCUGAGCCCCGAGGAGCUGGAAAUCCUGCAGAAGGAGAUGGAGAUGGUGAGGGAGGCGACUCAGUGGGAGAGAGAAGAAAUGGAGAAAGUGGAGAGGAUGCGCAGGGAGCGGGAGGCAGCCACGCAACAGCUGGAGGAGGAGGCUGAGAACAUCACUGGCGAGCCCCUGAGACUGGACUAUCGGACCCUUGCGGCUUUGCCCAGCAGUGGCUUACAGAGAGUCCCCCGUGCUGCUCCUGCAGGCGAGUCCGGGUCCGGGAGCUCCAGGCGAGAGGCCCCCUACUCCCCCAGCAGCCAGCAGGCUUCCAUCAGCUUCACGCCAUUGCCAGAUGACAGCAAAGCACAGACCAAGCCGGGCGUCAUUCAGCCUCUCUCUCGGGUGCGACAGAGCACUGCCCAGCCCAGUUCGGGGGGCAGGGACAGCCCCAACCCCUUCCAGCUGCCUGAGCUGUGCGCCGGGGUCCCCAACACUCCGCGGGCGCCCUCUCCCCCCUCUCCGGACGAGGUCCCUGUCAAUGUCAAGCAGGCAUACAAGACCUUUGCAGCAGUGCCCCUAUCCCACCCUCUCCUGGAGUCACAGGAGCUGCAUGGUCAAACGAGCACAGAGAAGUUCAAAGCCACCCACGAGGUGCCAUCACCUGGGGAGCUGCACAGCCCCGAGCAGCGGUCCUUCCGCGAGAGGCAGAAGUACUUUGAGAUUGAGGUGAAGCAGCAGCAGGUGGAGAAGCCCCCGAAGCGCGUCUCCCUGGUGGGGGAAGACGACCUGAAGAAGAUGAAAGAGGAGGAAGCCCGCAAACUGCAGCAGAAACGGGCCGUGCUGCUGGAGGAGGAGGAGGAGGAAGAGGACGUGGGGAAGCUGACGCCCGAUCUGAGCACACAGUCCACUGUCAUCAUCGAGGGUGUGGAGUACAAGAUCGAGCGGCUGAACGGCAGGAGCCCACAGUCCCCCACAGCUCGGUUUCCCGAGGCCGCUGAGAACAGCAGCUCCCAGAGGAACUCGCUGGAGGAGGGUUUCAGGCCUGAGCAGAGGCCCAACUCCAUGUCUGGGCUUAGCCCUGUGUACCCGGGAGCUGGGGGUGAGCCGGGAGCACCCGUGCGCACAGCCAAGGCCGAGCGGCGGCACCAGGAGCGGCUGCGGAUGCAGAGCCCGGAGCUCCUGAGCAGCCAAGACAAGGAGCUGUCUCCCGCCGAGCGCCGGGCGCUGGAGGCAGAGAAACGAGCCAUGUGGAGGGCGGCCCGCUCCUCCGCUCUUGAAGACAGUAUUAAACAGUACGAGCAGGAUCUGGCCAGGAAGCUGUACCAGUCCCGGCAGCGGGUGCCUGCUCCUGGGGCCAGGCCGGCUCAGGUGCUGAGCCCGGUGCAGAGUCACGCCACAAGGACCCUGGGGCCAGGAAGCCAAUCCAGCAUGAAGUCCCUGGAGCAGGAUGCCCUCAAAGCGCAGAUGGUGAUUGCCAAGUCCAAGGAAGGGAAGAAGCGCAGCACCCUGGAGCAGCUGGCAGAGUCGCCUUCCCCCGCCCCCACCCCAUCGCCAACACCUCUGGAAGAUUGCAGCCCCAGGACCGUCACCUCGCCAGGACGCCUGUCCAUGUCCGAAAAGAAGUUUGACUACCGGGAAUUUGCCGCUAUUCCUUCUUCCAAACCCGUUUACGAAAUCCAGUCGCCUGAUGCAGCCGAUGGCCUCAGAUACGUGGAUGACGUGAACAGCUCGGUCCCCCAGGAGCAGGACGGGCAGCCAGAGGAAGAGGAGCUGUUAGUAACGCGUGACCCGUCGGCGCCCAACGCCUCCGCACUCGAAGAUGUGGCUCUGUACAGCAGCAAGCGCAAACUGCGGCAUGGCCGGCGCAGCCUGGAGGCUGCCGUCCCCACAUAGAGCAUCUGGCGCCCCUGAGCAAUGGGACGGGCCGGCACCGGGCUCGCGACCUUCCUGGGCUCUGCCAACAGUGCUGGCCUGGGCCCCGCAGCUGCCCCCGGCGCGGGACGGGACCCAGGAGCCCGGCAGCAGCGUGGUUAACUGACUUCCUUGGAGGCUGUGAACGUCCCUUUGCUCUCGGCCCGCAGCGCGCUGGGGCACGGGCUGAACAAAGACAGCGCUGGAGGCGCGUGGCGCAGACGGGGCAGAAGGCAGUGGCAGUGUUAGCUGCCACCGUGCAGCGUGGGGGGUUGUGUGGGGUGGUUUGGGGGGCACUAGCUAUUCUCCCCUGAGGAAGUUUUAACCGUGAAUCCAGGGCUUGCAUUGGGAGACGAAGCAGCAGGCAGCGCCAGCCUUUGCUCCUGUUAAGUUUUGCAUAGUUGGCAAAAAACUCCGUCUCCCCGCCCUCCCCCCACGGACCUGUCACCGGGCCUGGGCGAGCUCGGCGCGGCCGACAGCACCGAGUGAAGCGCCGCCCUUGCAGCCUGUGCGCCCGAGGGGGAGUGUGGGUGCCUCUGCCCUCGGGACGCAGCUGCUCCAUGUCACUUGCCUCUGUGAGCGCAGCGACCUGGUCCUCGCGCGCCCUCCGGCCUGUGCCCUUCUGGGCGGCAGCACCGUGCUGUGCAAACCUGCGUGCCACUGGGCUUUGUCUGGGGUGUGGGGCGUGUGUGACUGUGCCGUGGAGAGGCCGUGAGCAGCUGUAGCGAGGGGAUAGUGUGUGCAUGUGGCUGCAGUAAGGCAGCGUAGCGGGGGGCUAGGAUGUGACAGAUACGAAGCAUAAAAGGACCAGCAGAAGAUGAGGUUUGGGCUGGGGUGGAGGGGCUGGGGGGGCUAGGUAGGCAGUGGAAGGGCUGGGGUGAGGGAGGGUCUUGGGUGCAGCAGGAGGCCGAGUGGGGUGGGGGGGACAGCGGUGGCACAGCACGGGGCACUGCCCGUUAGCGCUGAAGUGAAGAGGGUGUGGGCGCCCUGACACCGAGCCCUGCAGGGAGCUCCAGGAGGUAACGGGGGCAGGCCUGGCCCGGGCACUGCAAUAACUAGUGUGGCUGUGCUGGGUGCCAGCCCCAGGACCUGACCUUGUCACUGCACAGCAGGGCCGAGAAGAGGCUCGUCCAUGCCCGGCCACGGGCAAGACACGGUGCCCAGCUUCCAUCCUGGGACGAGGCGCUGUACAAAGCCAGCCCGAGCCAGAGACAGCUCCAGGGCUCCCCACACCGAGAUGUCUCGCAUUCACUGCCCUCUUCUGUGCUGAGCAGCCGCUCUCCACCCCUUGCCCCGCGCAUGGCCGGGGGCCACAGGAGGUGCAUGCUGCCGUGCUGCCCCGACAGCGAUGAGACCGGGGCUGCAUGACACAGGUGGCACGGGCAUGGCAGGCACGUCUGUCUGCUUGUACAUUUGCUGAAUGACUGGAUCCGGUUUCUUUUUGCCGAGACGCUCCCUUCACGCCAAAAUCCAAGGGAGCGUUUGAACUGACUUUGUACCUUUACUUGUACAGGCCUUGGAAGGGGGAAAUCUGAUCAUCUCAAAUUGCAGCUGCGGCUGCUUCCGUCAUCAGCAAUUUGAGCUUUUCCUUUUUUCAACCUAAUUUUAGCAUUUGCUUUUUAAGACAAGCAGUUUUGGAAACAAUCCUCAAUUGGGUUUGGUGACUAAUGUGUGAUUCUCCUUUCCCCUGGGGGCCAGGUUCUGGGCUCCUCUCCCUCUCCCCUCUCCCGAGCGACUCCGAGGGAAAAUUAGCGCAUCAAGACUGUAACUAGUGAAAUUUGUACAACCAAAGAAAUCUAUUUUGUGGUUCAAGGACAAUAAAGUUUACUUUACAUUUUA